CUGUGCCCAGUCGCAAUGACAAGCGCGUCGAAUAUGUUGCAUGAUCUGGAGCAGGACGCAGACACUGUCUCUGCAGCGACUGCUACGCUGGAGGUAGCCUUGGAGGUGGAUGAGGAGCAGAAACCGCAGUUGCGCUUCUACAGCGUCGGUCCGAGCACCUAUCGUGUCCGGUGUCCCUUGUGCCAGCAGCGAUCCCGCUCCGAAACGGUGCAAAUGACCGGCGCUUUGGGCCAGCUCAGUUGUCUGCUCUCCGUUUUGUCCUGUUGUUUUCCCAUCUUUGCACUGAGCUGCGUUUACUCCUGCCUGCAGAGCCGUCUGAAGAGUAAGCGCGUCUUCUGCAGCAGCUGUGGCGGUCAUUUGGGCUUCCAUUGGCGCCCCAUUUAGUUAUCUGUUACUGUUUCACAUUUUAGACAUAUUUUUGCAGGUGUCUCUAUAUUAUAAAUAAACGCCGUGCGCAGCU